AAAAGAAACAUCUCUUCAAACAAAAGCAAAACGUUUUCUUCCUCCUCACUAAGAAAAUUACUAAAAUGACUCAACAUAAUAACAACAAUUUCGUUGAAAACCUCACAAUUGCCUUUGAGAAGGAUGGGAUAGUAGUUUGCUUUUAGAAGUACAGGAAACAAACAUAGCAGAAGAAAAUGCCCCCGAAAGUACCUUAUUGCCGUCCCCUUCUAACUCCUCUUAUUCAUUCUUCAUCUUCACCUUCUCCUAUCACCCACAAGUAUUGGCUUGGAGCUAAGAGUAAGAAGAUGAAUCCUGCAAAGAAUCUUAUCCCCCUUCUUGUUUUCAUCUUAACAGCCCUCUCCCUCAGACUUCUUAAACUUGCCAUUUUUACUGCUCCUUCACCACCUUUCUCUUCUUCACCACCACCUCAACAAUCUCCUUCACCACCUUUCUCUUCUUCGCCCAUGCCUAAACAAAAUACAUGCUCCUCUCCAGCAUGCGGUAAUGCUCCAUCACACCCAGUGGAAAUCUCAAUAAGUCCACAUAAAACUUCGUCUGUUAAUGCAACCAUCCUCACAGAAAAAGAAUUCAAACUUCUAUCAAAUCUCAUUAAGCGUCGAGCACCCUGCAACCUACUUAUUUUUGGGCUGGAACCCCAGUACCGAAAGCUCUCAAAAAUCAAUGCAAGAGGGACCACCAUCUUUCUAGAGGAUGACUCAAACAAGAUAAGUGCAAUCAAAAGUAAGAGCAAGAAAACUGAAAUCUACAAGGUUGAAUACUCGAUACCUGCAAAAGAUGCUUACAAGCUGCUUAAGCAUGCAAGACAGAACCCAGCUUGUGCACCUGGAUCAGGACCCCUUCAAGUGUCAAAAUGUAAACUGGCAUUGAAAAAUUUACCACAAGAAGUUUAUAAAAAUAAAUGGGAUGUGGUGGUGGUGGAUGGACCGAGUGGAGACGCACCAGAGGCACCUGGCAGAAUGUCAACAAUCUACACGUCUAGUAUCAUUGCUAGAGCUGGGAAUGCAACAGAUGUUAUAGUACAUGACAUAGAUCGAACAAUUGAAAAAUGGUUCUCCUGGGAGUUUCUGUGCGAUGAUAACUUGGUGUCUGCUAAAGGGAAAUUGUGGAAUUUUAGGAUCACAGAUCAAUCAAAUUCUACAAGGUUUUGUCCUGCCAAAGAAAGCAUGAUAGAAUAACAACUUUCUUUUUGGGGUGAACGCUUUCACACCAGGAAACUAGUUCAUCGAUUGAUGAAAAUUCUUUACCAUAAAAAUUAGUUAUUCAGUCUAUAUACAAGAACGUCUCAACGGA